AAGAUCAAAAGCCCAACGAAAUGAAAUUAAACGGAACGGACAUCACCGCCGCCGUUAGUCUGUCCUAAAAACAAUUCUGUAUGGUAAAAAAGGACCGCGUUUCAUUCAUGAAACAUGUCUGCACUGUCAUGCAACAAAGAAGCGGUGCCUGCAGCUCACAGCUUGUUGUUUUCAUGACACUUUGAGCAGAGCUGAGAGCUGACGGAGAUUUGAUGCCGGUGCCGCCGCUAACUGACAGGAUUUAACGUUAGUCUCGCUUGGACGGAGAAAACGGGCUUAAUAUGGCUUCAGUGAACUGCUUUGGUGGUCCAGAGGAGCUUGAGGACACAAAUCACGCUUUAAGUUUGAUGAAAGAGCUGAAAUUAUUCUACGACUCACAGCUGUUAGUCGAUGUUACUAUCUUAGUGGAGCCUGACCUGGAGCAGUGUGUUUCAGGAAAAGUUUUCCAGUGCAACCGAAAUAUACUGGCAGCCGCAAGCCCUUAUUUCAAGAGCAUGUUUACAGGAGGACUGUACGAGAGCACUCAGAGAAGCGUCACCAUUCAUGAUGUGGAUGCUGAUUCAAUGGCUGUCAUAAUCGAUUACUGCUACACUGGCAAAGUGACAAUCACCGAAGGCAACGUGCAAAGGCUUUACGCAGCUGCCAACAUGCUACAGCUGGAAUAUAUCCGGCAAGCGUGUGCAAACUUUAUGACAAGAAGGCUGGACCUUUCUAACUGCGCAGGGAUUUUGAAGUUUGCUGACACUUUUGACAAUCUGGAGUUGAAGAGCAAAGCUCAGGCGUUCAUCGCGAAGAACUUCGUCCAGCUCAGCGCCAGCGUGCGAGAGCUUUGUGAGCUGGACCUGAAGCAGAUUAAAGAAAUCCUCACUUUGGAUUUCCUGGACGUUGACUGUGAACGGAAAGUGUGUUCGUUUGCAAUACAGUGGAUUGAGAGUAAUCUGCAUGCGGAUGCUGAAGAUGCUCUGCAGGUGCUUAGAUGUGUGCGGUGGUCUUUAUUUUCAGAGAAAGACAGGGUUUAUCUAGAUGGCCUUAAAUCAAAGCCUUUUAUAAAGAAAUAUCUUUCGAAUGUCCUAGACGGAGCCGGCGGUGAGCCGAGCACUACGAUUUCAAAAGGCGUACAUGCUGCCAAACAAAGAAUCGGCAAAAGUGCAAAAGAAAUGGUGCUCUUCUUCGGACGACCAAAUGAGCCUUUCAUGUGCUACGAUCCUUAUACGGACGACAUCUAUUCUAUGGCGUCCCCAGUCAUUAAUCUCACCACCCAGAACUUUAAACGCUCUCCUAUGGAGACGUUUUUGGUUUGCACCACACCAGAGAACAAUCUGUAUCUCGCUUCGCACCUGUCUAAGCACUUCUGGGUCUACAAUCCUCUGUUAAACUGUUGGCAGGAGCUUGCGGAAAGACUUCUCGGAAGAAUGCAUUCGUACAUCGGCUACCUCAAUGGGCACUUGUAUAUUUUGGGUGGAAGAGAUCCAGUAUCAGACGCCAGGCUCAAGGAAGUAGAAUGCUACAGCAUUCAGAGGAACCAGUGGGUUUUUGUAGCCCCUUUGCCACAUUCUUUAGGAAAGAUGCAGGUUGUGACGAUAAACGAGAGGCUUUAUGUGGUGAACAAGAGAAGGAUGCUUAGCUAUGACCCGAAGAAAAACCUCUGGCUCCAACGGGGCUCUCUGAAACGGAGUAAACUCCACAAAGCUUGUGUUUUCCAGGAGCAGAUUAUAUGUUUGUGCGAUAUCCCGGUGGUCAAAGCCUAUAACCCGGCUCGUGGAGAAUGGAGACGGAUUGGAGACAUUCCCAUUGACAGCAGCGCUCUCAACUACCAAGUUGUGCAACACAACAGCAAACUGCUUCUUUUAACUAUUGCAAUAGUUCAUCACAAUAAAAACAGGCUUGUCAUACAUGAAUACGAUCCCACUCGGGACUCAUGGAAAAAUGUGGCCACCAUGUUUGGAUCGUCCUUCGGAUCCGUAAGCCUCUCCACCCGGGUAUACACCGCGUGCUUAGGGUCUGGUCAGAAUUUCAUCUCGGAAGAGGAUGAUGACAGCGGCUCCAGCGCUGACUGGGACUUUGACGGAUUGACUGACGCGGAUUCGGACUCCGGCAGCUCAAGCUCAUUUUCAGAUGAGAAUUGGUAGUCGAUGCCAAUUCUCAAGUGUCAAAUGUGGAAGUGUGUGUAAUAGAGCCAAAUGUGAAUAUGCUGCAAAGUAUUUUGAGAUAUCCACCUUUUUCUUCAGCCUAUGGGACUUCAGGUUCAUUAUCCACUGUAGGGAAAUAACGAGGAGAAUACCAACGCGCAGUAAAACUGAUUGCACUACAAAUCAGUGUGUUCAUAGUUAAAAUAAUACAGUAAAAUAAUAUGGUAAGACACCCCGGUUUGCCAUAUCAAGCAGCAAAACGAGCUGUUUUGUACAGCUAAAAAUAGCUGGACGCAGAUGAGACCGGAAACCAGACCCAUAACAUUUGCAAAUGGCUGCGCCCACUCUUACGGGAAGAAAAAGGUGGAUAUGUGUUUAAAAGUAUCAGCCUGUUUCAAUGUGGCUCAUGCCACAGCAGCCAGGGUAGAACCUACUUGAAAUUCAUGCUGUUAUGAGUAUUAUUAAACAAAUGCUUACCUUUAUGAUAUAUGGCCAGUGAAUGAUACCUUGUCUCAGGAUUAUAUGAUGGUACAAAGAAUUGUUAGUGUUUGACUUUGCCAGUCUGGAGGUCAUAAAUAAACAACAGUAUUAUGCUACAAUCUUGAACAGGGUACAAUGGGGCUAAUAGCCCUUCUUAAAGGAGAAGUCCACUUCCAAAACAAAGAGUCACAUAUAAUGUACUCACCCCAUUGUUAUCCAAGAUGUUCAUGUCUUUCUUUCUUUCGAAAAAGAAAUAUAUAAUAUAUAUUAUAUAUAUAUAUAUAUUCGAUUUUGAACUUCCAAAAUGCAGUUUAAAUGCGGCUUCAAAUGAUCCCAAAUGCGGUUGUAAACAAGGAAAGAAGGGUCUUAUCUAGCAUAACGAUCGGCUAUUUUAAUAAAAAUAAUACAAUUUAUAUACUUUUUAAUGUCAAACGCUCGUCUUGUCUUACUCUGCCUAGACUGUUUUUUUCCGGUUCAUGUUAGGGUAUGUCAAAAAACUCCAAUCUCAUGUUCUCCCUCAACUUCAAAAUCAUCCUAUAUCAUUGUUUUACCUUUUUUGUAAAGGGUGUUUGAUAUUCUUUGCAUGUUCACUUUGCAAAUACUGGGUCGGUACUUCUGCAGUGAUGUAGGAUGGUUUUGAAAUGAUUUUUGAAGUUGAGGGAGAAAAUAUGAUUCGAGUUUUUCGACAUACCCUAACUGUCUUGAGUCAGAAUACACAACGAGAGUUCAACGAGAGCAAGGCAAGACGAGUGUUUGAGAUUAAAAAGUAUUUAAAUUGUAUUUUUUUAAUGAAAAUAACCGAUUGUUAUGCUACAUAAGACCCUUCUUUAUCGGCUGGGAUUGUUUACAACUGCAUUUGGGAUCGUUUGAAGCCGCAUUUAAACUGCAUUUUGGAAGUUCAAAAUCGGGGCACCAUAUCAGUCCAUUAUAUGGAGAAAAAUCCUGAAAUGUUUUCCUCAAAAAACGUAAUUUCUAUACGACUGAAGAAAGAAAGACAUGAACAUCUUGGAUGACAAUGGGGUGAGUACAUAAUUCGUGAAUCUUUGUUGUGGAAGUGGACUUCUCCUUUAAGGAAAAUGUGUUUACUUUUGGGGUCAAAGUGUAUAAUGAUCAGAUUUUUUUUCAUACUGAUACAGCAAUCUAAUUAAUGCGAAAAUACAUGAUAAAUGAGGUUUGUUUCGAUUAAAAUCCUUCGAAUAAGUGACCCUGGACCACAAAACCAGUCUUAAGUAUCACGGGUAUAUUAGUAGUAACAACCAAAAAUACAUUGUAUGUGUCAAAAUGAUUGAUUUUGCAUUUUAAUGCAAAAAUAAGUAAUAAGCAUUGCUAAGAACUUUAUUUGGACAACUUUAAAGGUGAUUUUCUCAAUAUAUUGAUUUUUUUUUUUGCACCCUCAGAUUCCAGAUUUUCAAAUAGUUGUAUCUCAGCCAAAUAUUGUCCUAUUCUAACAAACCAUACAUCAAUGGAAAGCUUACCAGUUUCAAAAAAUUGAUCCUUAUGACUGGUUUUGUGGUCCACGGUCACAUAUAAAGGCCUCAUUGGUUGAGGGUUUGCACUUACGCCACAGUUUGGUCAGUUACCCAUAACUGUAAACAACAGCAUGGAUUGCACAGUCAAUGUACUUCUAAAUACAUUGCUCUGCUAAUUUAUGCUGUCUAAACCAUGGGAAAAAAACAUGUGGAAGCUGCUAAAUCAUAUAGAGAAGGACUUAGUAAGCAGGAAAGUGUGCAAUAUUUAAUAUUUGGUAAAGACACGAGGAGUAUUAAUUAAGAUAUUAGCCUAGUAUUUCACCUGACUGGAAAUGAUAAGAACAAAAAGGAAUGUUGUCAAGAUUCUUGCUCUCGAAAUCCUGGUUCAGUCUGGCCAAACACAAACACCUUUUGUUCCUCAGAGGUUUUUGCACUCUUCUUUUUGAUUUGUUAUAACUUUUGGCAGUCUGUAGUACUCCAAAUGUUUUUCCUGGUCUGACCGAUUAGCACAGCCCAAAACAUGACAAUAAUUAAACAUUUUCAGCAGCAAUAAUCAGCCAAAUAUGCAAGUUUAAUUCAGUUCAGUGGCAUUGUUUACGCUCUGUGCCACCAAUAUGGUCCCACUGAUGACAUGUCAUGAAAACAAACUUCUGGGAAAAAAUAUUAAUACACUUUUGAUAUAGAUACCUUAUUAAGAUUAACCACUUCAAUAAGGAUGGACCAUUUACUAUUUAUUCCACAAAUCUUGAGGCAUUUCAUAACCUCACAAGUAUGCUAACACUACACCUUAUUAUUCUGCUAACAGUAAAUGUACAAAAUAUAUAUCUUUGAGUAUUUAGCCCUGUUGUACCCUACUUCGUUUUACCUGUUUUCUGUGUUAGUUCCUUCGUUUUAUUGUUGUCUUUGUGUUAUAAAUGAUCACGUUAAUGUAAUCUAAUUUAUAAGGUUGGUCCUGUUAAUAAAGUCUGUUUACACUUUA